UAAAGAUUCCCAAUUCCUUCUCGAAGUUUCUCGCGUUAUUCGUUCAAGAAAAGUAAAGUAAAACAAAGAACUCAGGCCUUCCAUUCGUUCAAGAAAACCCUUAUUUCUGAAGUAAGAAGAAGAUUAAAGAAUCAAACGAUGGAAGAAGAAGAUUAUGAUAUACUCUGUGCUACUCCUGGAUGCCGGCGAUUAAUCGCGAAAGGGUAUCAAAUUCCUGUAGAUGUGCUCGGCUUUAGUACAGCUAUUAUAAAGAUCCCUCCCCUUGAUACUCUUGUGGUUGGGAAUGAAAGUGUUGUGGAUACAUUUGGUUUCCCAAUGAUGGAGACCGAGCUCCUUUGUAUUGGCUGCCAGACCUUCCUUGGAUCGCUAUAUUAUCACCAGCAUGUGCUGGGCACUAGAGAAAACAAUGAUCCCGAUUACUUAUUUAGGAUAGGAUUUGAUCGUGUGCUGUAUGUACUGAGGAUCAGAGUUGAGCUCUCCCCAGAUCAGUUCGAGGAUAGCUUACUUGAGCCACUUAUUGGAGAUUCAGGUUUAGACGAAGGGCAGCGUCACAGUCACAACCUACAGAAAAAGAGGGCAACCCAUGAUCAGUACGACGACCUCUGAUUAGUCUUCCACUGCGGGACAUGAUGGACUACAUCUGGCAAAGUUGGUUCCCAUUGUCUGUUGCACAAAAUUGAAACAUCUAGUCUUUCAAAUUUUUUGGCAGUUUAAUCUCCAAACUGAACGCCCAUAGAUAAAAGAUAUGAAUGUGCAUUGCUUACUUUGUUAGGCCCUUCCUGGUAUUGACUGACUUUAUCUGAUAGCCGUGAUUCAUCUGUAUAGGCAUGAUAGAUAUGAACCAUUGGUAUGGACAUGUUCGAAUGCCAGAAUCAUUGAGCUGAUAGUUGUGAACUAUGGAAAUAGAAACCCCAUGCCUGAGUGGCUUACCUAGUUAAAUUGUACACUCUUUUAAUUCCACAAUAGUUUGGAGAAUAAACAUUAUUA